UUUCCCUGGGAUAGCAUGAGAUGGCAUCUCUGGACAUUGUCCUUCACUUUCCCCUGUAAACCAAGAGGCUAAGAUGGAACUUAGGAUAGCUUAGCAUACCCAGCAUUUGUCUCCAGGUCUAGUUUUCUUAUCUACAAGCAGGAUUUCCAGUAUCUAAACCUGAUGUGAUCUCCCAUUUGGAGCAAGGGAAUGCACCAUGGGUCCUGGAUACACAGGCAGCUGAAGGGAAAGACACCCCAAGCAAUGACUGUUCAGAUUGUGUCACCAGGAUUCAGAACAAAGAACUAUCUCUAAAGAAUGAAAUUUCAGAAGAAAUGAAAUCACAAUGGCUGAAAGCAGAAAAAAUCACAAGGACUGUUUCCAAGGGACUAAGGCUUGGAGAAACCUGGAAAAGAGAAGCUAUACUGUGGAAAGAAAAAAGAAGCCAUAUCAUAGAGAGAUUGAAGAAAUCUCUUUUCAAGGAGAAUAAUUUCAGGCCAAUGUUAAUCAUCCAGGAGAAAAUCUCCAUAGUAGAUGGAGGGCAGACAUAUGACAAGUGUGGAGGAAACUGCAAUCUGAAUUCAAACACUGUUUCAUAUAAAGGAUUUCCUAUAAGAAAGGAACUCCCUCAGUGUGAUACAUAUGCUCAAAAUUUCAAACAUAAUUCACAUGUUGAUGAAUCUGGAAAUUUCUUAAAUUAUAAUUCAACCUUUAAGGUACAUCAGAGAAUUCAUUCUGGAGGAAAAUCUCAUGAAUGUAAUGAAUGUGGGAAAGCCUUCAAAGGGAGUACAGACCUUACUAGACAUCAAAGAUAUCAUACUGGAGAGAAGCCCUAUGAGUGUAAUGAAUGUGGGAAAGCUUUCAUUCAGAGCUCUAAUCUUAUUCAGCAUCAGAGAAUUCACACUGGAGAGAAACCCUAUAAAUGUAGUGAAUGUGGAAAAGCUUUCAUUCAGAGCUCUAACCUGAUUCGACAUUACAGAAAAUGCCAUGGAGAAAAACCUUAUGAAUGCAAUGAGUGUGGGAAAGCUUUCAGUGAACGCUCAAUCCUGAUUGAACAUCAUAGAAUUCAUACUGGAGAAAAACCAUAUGUAUGCAAUGAGUGUGGAAAAGCCUUUGUCCAGAGCUCAAAUCUUAGUCAACAUCAUAGAAUUCACACUGGAGAAAAACCCUAUCUAUGUAAUGAAUGUGGCAAAGCCUUCAGGCAGAGUACUAACCUUAUUCAACAUCAGAGAACACAUAAUGGAGAGAAACCUUAUGAAUGUAGUGAAUGUGGGAAAGCCUUCAGACAAAGCUCACAUCUUCGUCAACAUCAGAGAACACAUAGUUUUCAACACCAGAUAAUACAUAAUAGAAGGAAACCAUAUGAAUGUAAUGAAUGUGGAAGAUCCUUCAGUCAAAAUUCACAUCUCAUUCAACAUUACAGAAUUCACACUGGAGAAAAACCCUAUAAAUGUAGUGAAUGUGGCAAAGCCUUUAAUGCACGAUCCACACUUAUUCAACAUCAGAGAAUUCACACUGGAGAGAAACCAUAUGAAUGUAGUGAAUGUGGGAAAGCUUUCAGGCAAAGAACACAACUUAUUGAACAUCAACGAAUGCAUACUGGGGAAAAACCAUAUGAAUGUAGUGAAUGUGGAAAAACUUUUAAUUAUAGCUCCAAUUUUAUUCACCACAGGAGAAUUCAUUCAAAAACAUAAUCUUAUGAGUGAGAUUUUUUUUAAUUCUUUUAAAAAAUUGUUUAACUUACAUUGUGCCUCUACUUCAAUUGUACCCCAAAGGUUACCCCCCCAGGCCACAGUUUAACUCUCUGAGUCUGUAUGUGGAUGGGUCAGAAUAAUAUUCAAUUAUUGUCAACUUUUAAACUCUAUUUAUGAUUAGAGAGCGAACUAAAAGAGUAAUUAUAGAAGAAUCCAGCAAAUGCUCUUAAGCCAAGAGUAAUUUAUUGCACUCAUAACUUAGUACAUAUGCCUUUUUUCUUUACCUGUGCUCUGCCUCGGUAAUGGUGUGGAAAUUUAGGAAUGUGGACAGGGAAUUGGGGCAAAAAGUUCUUGCAUCCUUAAAUUUAAGGAUGUUGUCAUUCAAGAUGUGGCUUCCCUUUCCCCACUUUUUUUUUUUUAAAGGACCUAGAAGUCUAGAUGGUCUG